GCUACGGUCUCCUGCUCAAGGAUACGCGAGAUCCAGUCCGUUGGAGGAGCAAACGCGGCGCGUGGAACCCACCAAACAAAUCGAAAAACGAAAGUAGAAAAGCAGCAAAGCAGCAAGCCAGCAAAAGCACAACCGAUUCGCUCGAGUGUGCGUGUGCGAGUGUGUGAGUGCGGAGUAUCUGUGUGCGCGGAUCGGUCCUGUGCUGUUUGGGGCCGUUUAAUUUUAUUAGCGCUCCGCGAUGCGUCAUGAAAAUCGCAGGCAAAACACAGAAAUACAAUAAAUGAAAAAUUAAAUAUUAAUUAAAUUUUGCCUGCGAAUCGAGCAGCGAGUGCUGCGAAUCCGCUGAUUGAAAUGUUAAACAGAUAUUAAAAAUUGAUGGUGCACUUCGGCCGCACAGGCGCUGCUCCUGCCGGAUAAGUUGCCCCUCCAGUACGCUCAUAUCGUGUGUUGUGCAUUGUAUAUUGGCAACUUGGCAUCUUGGCCACCGGGUGUGCGUGUACAUGACUUUAUUAAAAUUGUAAGUCCCCCCCUCGCGCGUGUUCUCACACAUUGUUUGUGGACUCUUGCGACCGCUCCAGAUUUCCUUCCCAUUUGUUGUUGCACUUAUCGCGAUUACCGCACGGAGCGCUGCACCUGCCUGCCACAUCCUGCAACGACCUCGAAAAAAAAUUGAAAUCCGAAAAACAAUGCAACAAUUGGAGAGCUUCGCACACCUCAGUGCCACGCAGCGGCAGCAACAUCAACGGCAGCAGCAUCAGCAGAAGCAGCAGCAGCUGCGCGAAAGUUAUGCCCCGGGCAAAAACUGAAAAUGAAACAACUUAAUUAGUAGUUGUAGGAGUCGAGAGCAAAAAGCCGCGCACUCCCUGAAUUCCGAAUCAGACCAGCAACCAGCAACAGCAACCAGCUCAGCUCGAGGAAGUGGAAGUGGAAAGAAGACGCGGACGUGGCAGCCAGCACCACACAAAAUUUUAGGGAAUAUUUCGAAGAAGGUAAAAGUGUUCGCGUGUGAGUGAAGGAGUGAAGGAGUGGGUGCACUUUUUCGGGAAAAUUAAAUUGAAAACAACAUCAGAAGCAAAGCGAGUAAACAGUCUGAAACACGAGACGAGCCUGCAUAUAAAUUGUUACACUUUACACAAUGGAUUUGCCAGCGAAAAGGACUUCCAUGCCCGCAACAACUUCCUACAAGGGCAGCAUCGGCCGAAGCUGCCUGGCUUUAUUCACGCUCUUCCUGUUCGCGGCACACAUCAGCAUGACUUCCGGUCAAAUCGAUUGGGACGACGACGAUGAUCCAGUUUCCACAGUGGCCGUGGAGGCCGUUCUGGGACGAACCGCAUCCUUGCCGUGCGACAUCGAGCCGGAGGCGAAGGACGACCGGGUGUACAUGGUGCUCUGGUUCCGUGAGAGCGCCGGCAAGCCACUUUACAGCUUCGACGUCCGAGGACGGCCCUUCGAGAAGGCGCUCUACUGGUCGGACACCAACUCAUUUGGGCCACGUGCGUAUUUCGUUACCGGACAGCAGCCGGCCAAGUUAUCGGUGGACAACAUUCAGCUGGAUGACGAGGGCGUCUACCGCUGCCGCGUCGACUUCCAGAACUCGCCCACGCGUAAUCAUAGAAUUAACUUAACGGUCAUUGUUCCUCCGCACCAAAUACUCGUGUACGAUGCCUCCGGACGCGAUGUUGCCGGAGCUGUGGGUCCAUUGCUCGAGGGCGAUAAUAUUGUGUUGACAUGUGAAGUGCGUGGCGGUCGCCCGGAGCCGACGGUGACCUGGCUGAACGGGACGCGCGCCCUGGAGGCGGGCAGCGGGGUUUCCAUGGGCCGCCAUGUGACCGUCAACCGCCUGGAGGUGGCCCAAAUCUCGCGCUCCGCCCUGAACAACACGUACCGCUGUCAGGCGUCCAACACGAAGCUGGUGGCGCCCGUGGAGCGCAGCAUCCGCAUCGAAAUGCUACUCAAACCCACAUCAGUCAAUUUAACCAAUAAGUUGAAGGUCUUCGCCUCGAACACGCAGUACAAUCUCACCUGCAUUGUGGCGGGCUCGGUGCCGGACACGGAAAUCAAAUGGACGCAGAAUAAUCGGCCCUUCAAACGUGGCCAGCUGUCAACGAGCCAGGGCAAUGGAAGAGUCAUAUCCACAUUGACAUUUUAUCCUCAGCCCGAGGACGACGGCACGAUGCUCAAGUGCGAGGGCUCCAACCCACGGCUGCAGAACUCGGCCAUCGAGGACUCGCUCAUGAUGAAUGUCAUCUAUCCUCCGCAGGUCACCUUGUCGCUGGGCUCCACUCUGCGUCCGGAUGACAUAAAGGAGGGCGACGACGUCUACUUCGAGUGCCACAUCAAGUCCAAUCCCAAGGAGCACCGCAUCAUGUGGUCGCAUGACGGCCAACCGGUCACCCAGAACGUGUCCUGGGGCAUCAUCAUCUCCACCCGCUCCCUGGUUCUCCAGCGCGUGGGUCGCGUCCACUCCGGAUUCUACGCCUGUUCGGCGGCCAAUGACCGCGGCGAAACCCAGUCAGCCCCCGUCAACUUGAGGAUACGAUAUGCGCCCGUCUGCAGCAGCAGCACCAUCACCGUGAUUGGGGCCUCCUUGGAGGAGGCCGUGCCCAUUCCCUGCCGCGUCAACUCGGACCCGCCCGAGAUCGACUUCGAAUGGACCUUCUCCACCAGCGGCGAGCACUUCGAGGUGCCCUCGGGCCACUACGCCACCAUCCAGGACCCCACCAUGACCACCACCAGCGACGUCCGCCGCACCGUCGUCGAGUCCAACGAGACGCACUUCGAGAGCUAUGUGGAGACCGUCAGCGAGCUGAUCUACACGCCCAAAGGAGAGCGGGACUACGGAACCCUGGCCUGCUACGGCCGGAACGCCAUUGGGAAGCAGUCGGAGCCGUGCGUGUUCCAGGUGGUGCCAGCAGCCAAGCCGGGGGCCCUGCGCAACUGUACCCUCCGGCCGUAUGUGGUGACCUCCGCCUCGCUGAACUCAUCGAAUCAGACGACAAUGCAUGCCAAUCAAAUGCUGCCCACACAAUACGGCAGACACGAGUCGAAUUACCCGCACAUGGAGUACGUACGUGAGCGCCAUAACAGCACUGUCCGGAACAAUGUGGCCAAUAAAAAUAUGGGGGCCAGGACGAGUGCUGGCCAGGCCAAAUCCAAUAAUAAGCAGCCCGGUCAGCUCGGCCAGCUCAGUCAGCAGCAGCUGCAGCGCCUCAAGAAGCGGACAUCAUUCACACCGUCGCAGACAUUGGCAGCCAUCGAGAGGCAGCGCCAGCGGAAGCAGCAGCAGCAGAAGCAGCAGCACCAGCCGUCCCAGCAGCAACAUCAGCAGGCGCAGCAGCAACACCAAGCCACUGCUGGCAAGUCCGGCGGCGAUAGCAAACCUGAUGGAUCGCUGGCCAAGUCGCCAAAGCAGCGGGUGCGGCGGGCCAGCCAAAUCCCGCAGGGACAGCGGCAACAUCAGCUGGAUGCAGGGGCAGCAUCAAUAACCAGCGAGCGGAAGCCGGCAGACUCAAAUUUAUCAAUGUCACAUGUAGGCGACGGCAGCAGGAGCAGCCGCAUCCGAGGCAGCAACAUCAACAGUAACAGUAACAAUGGCAAACUGCCAGCAAAGUAUUUUAAUAAGCGACAGAAAAACAUGCACAAACAGAAGCAGCAGCAGCAGCAGCAACAGCAGAAGGGAACAAACGAGCACAACAGCAAUAUAAUCCAUCAUUAUGCAACUUCGAGUUCCAGUUCCAGUUCGAGUUUGAGCCAGAGCUCGGGGAGAAGAAAGCGGCUGGCAGCAAAUGACAUCUUGGCAACUGUUGCGGCAGCAGCCACAUCGGCAUCAUUAUCCUCCUCCUCGGGCACCUCAUUGGCAGCCACUGCCACGGCGGCGGUGGAAAUCGAGCAGGAUGUGGCCUCCUCCGCCGGCAGCAGCAGCAGCAUCAAGAGGUCUCGCAAAUCCCUAACCAUCCUUGACAAACAGCCGAAGCAGCAGAAACAGAAGCAGCAGCCACUGUUGCUGCCGCCGAAUGCCCCGCAAAUAAGCAACCAGCCGGUAGCAGCAAUUAGUGGCAACAAUGUCAAGGAAACAGCAGUGACAUCGAAGCAAGUUGCAGUUGCAGCGGGAGUCAAGGACAAGGCGUCCUCCAAGGAGGACUCCACUGACAACAACGACAACGACAACGAUGACGACGACGACGACGACGAUGAUGAGGAUAAUGAUGAUGCGGCGGAGAUGGAUGCUGAAACUGAGACUAAUGACGACCAGGAGGAGGAGGACCGCGAUGACGACGCAGACCUGGAUGAAGACAUUGCCCAGCUGCCCACCGAUGCCGACUACUUGGCCGACGCUCCUGCUCCCGGCGACCUGGAGGAGUACGAGACCGUGGAGGAGGUGGACGGCCAGCACAUGCUCUCCCUGGAGGAGCAGCUCGAUCUGGAGUCCCUGGAGGACAACGUCGAGGAGGAGGAGGCCGGCGAUGACGACGAUAUGUACAAUGUUAGCGACGAUGACUUUGUGGCCAGCGUGGCCCUCUCCACGUCCGACACCACAGUCGCAGCCCCCGUGGCUAGAAGGACAACAGAAGGAGCUCACCUCCAGGACAAAGCCACCCAAGCCACCGAGUCCGCCGCCGAAUGGCAGCUCCCCCACUUCGACUACUCUCGCAUGGAGUACAGCUUCAGCAACGGGGUGGUCACCCAGAGUUUACUGGGCGGAUCGGGGGCAGGGGCCGGGGGCGGACACGACGGCUUUGCGGGCGGCGGAACCAUAAACUUCGACAACUACGACAACAUCAUCUACUCCACCAUGGAGCUGGAGUGCAUGCCCGGCUACGACGGCGGCCUGCAGCAGCAGUUCUUCCUGGAGGCCUACGACUCGAAGACCAAGAAACUGCGGCUCAACAUGAGCAGCACCUACGUGGACGUGCCGGUGUUCCGGAUCGACCUGUCAGAUCUGAUGCCCAUGGACUACUACCCCGAUGCCCAUCCGGCCCUGCACCUGGUCGUCUACAGCGUCAAUCAGAAGGGCCGCUCGGAGCCGAUUGUCCUCGAGAAUGUGCCCAUCAAUGAGGCGGACAAGCGUUCAGAUGGUCGUAUGGGCCUGUCGAUUUUGCCCCUGGCUGCCCUUCUAGCCGGCACUUUGUUCACCGUGGGCAUAGCGGUCCUAUCCGUGGUGGUCAUCGCCGUUCGCAGACGUCGUGGCCAAGGAGCCCGCAACAUGUGCGACGACAAGGACAAGCACCUGGGCAUGGAUGUGACGGUGACGGCGCCCCUGGAAACGGGAGCUGGCCACCAGCGCCUCGUGGUGGCCUACACUCUGAAGCAGGGCAUCGAGAAGCAGCCGGACAUAUUGAGCGCCCAGAAGAGCGCUCCGACUGGCGGUGACGCCUCGUCGCCGCUGGGAAAUCGGCCGAGUGGUUUGUUCGCCGGCGGAGGAGGCGGUGGUGGUGCCGGCGGUGCAUCUGCCGCUCCCAUGACCGGCAACACUGGCGGGCACAAAACCACGGAUUAUGACCCGAAUGCGCCGCACCUGAACAGCCCGCCCUCGCAGUCCAGCACCUUGAAGCUGGAGAGUGACCCGGCGGCGGGUCUGGCCAGUGCCCGGGGCGGGAACGCCCCGCCACUCCUGUACGACGCCAUGCCCACGCUGAGUCGUUACGAGCAGCUGGGCCUGAGCAUGGCCAGCUACUCGGCCGGAGCGGGGGCCACGGGGGGCAGCAGCAGCACCCUCAGCUCCGCAGGCAGCACGGUGAGCAGUGCGAUGGCCCCCAACGGAGCCGCCGGGGCAGGGGGCUACGCCGCCCACCUGCACCACACGCUGCCCCACAACAUGGCCCCCCACCCCCAGCGGGGCCACGAUCCGCUCAACCUGGCCGACUACCUGACCACCAGCAGCCUCAUAGACUACGGCCUGAACAAGCCGCCCGCUGCCCACCUGACGCUGCCCAAGGGCAUGGGCCUGGGCCUGGGGAUAAGCGUUGGAGUGGCAGGAGGAAUGGGGAUGGGUCCCGCAGCGGGAUUGGGCUUGGGGUCCGUGAUGGCCGCCGGCACGAGCCUGUCGCCGUCGCAGCUCAACACCAUCACGCACAAGUCGGCGGCAGGACGCAACCACAUCAUCACGGACACACUACCAGGACCGGAGAGCUGCGUCUAAGGAUGUGGCCUCCGUGAACCCUGGCAUCCUGGCACCCAACCAAAAGACUGGCGCACAGCAGUAGCCCAAGAACACAGCCGAAUCACAGUGACAGCGAACUACUAACUAGUCAUGUGAAGCUGCGGUCAAAUUAGUGGUGAAAAGAGUUCCCAAAAGUGCUUACUUAUUAUUUAUUACUUACUUAUUAUUUCAUCUGUUGAAGCUUGCUUUACACUUUACUGAUACUGAAGAUUGUUAAAGCACUGCAUUUUAAAACUCCGAUUAUAAUAACCAAACUUAGAUGAAUUCUGAAAUAAUAAUGUAAUCAACUAUUACUUAGUCACUGCCGGACAAACAUCAAAAGAAAACCUUAAAUUGUAAAAUCUUGGAGAGCAGAGUUUUAAAUAAAAAAUUGAAACUAACCUUUUAAAUUAGAUUAUAAGUUAAAGAGUGUUUGGCUUUUGUACAAUUAAUUACACAAAUUUUGAUGUGAUAAAAAUGGAUGUUUUUGGGCAAUCUUUCAGAAUGAUUCUGUUAAGUUGCAUAUUAGGCAAAAGAUAAAACAAAACGAAAAAGAUAUUUUGUAAAUCUGAAAGAAGCGAAUCGCAGUGGGUAAAAACGUUUUCCCUAAAUAAGUAUAUGGAAUCAUUUGUCCUUUAAAUUUAAAAUGACCUAAAUGAAUGUAUGCUGUUAUUUAAAACGCUUUUUAAAACCAAACCUCCACCACUACUAUUUUGAACGCAUCUUCAUAUGGAAACCCUGUUCGGCGACGUCGCUUAGAAGUAAUUAUUAGAGUUAGAAAGUAGCUUAAGUACGAAUAUGUAUAUGUAAUGCGUGUGUCUGUGUCUCCGUUCGUUUGUAAAUGUUUAAGCUAAGUGUAACCGUAGAUGUACUUGUAUACUUGACUGGUGUAAACCGGAGCCUGCUCCCAGCUCCGGGCGUCGAGUCCAGUAUUUAUUUAAGGGCGACCCCCAAGGUGAAACUAAUCUUCCAAGCUUUGGACUCGCCAAGGUGCUGGGAGCAGAGCUCGCACUCCCUAACUUGUUGUUAAAUCUGUUUGUCCGGCUAACGUAAGAAAAAGGACAUAUCCCCAGAACAUAUCCCUUCCUGCCCAGCCGAAGAGCGAGCCGCAACUAUUUGAACUGCCGCCGCAGCCCGAGAUCAAAGUCGGGCCGACCCGAGAAAAGGAAAAGUUAUAUUGGACACGUCUUGCGCCAUUGCGUGCCCAGUGCUGGUCGUUAUUUAACUUUUAAACACGCGCCAAAAACAGCAGCAGAUUUGAAUUUAAUGGUCACAGCAGCCGCUCCCGCUCCUCCAUUAUCCUCCGUGGUAUCCCCAGUAUCCCCAGUAUCCCUGGUAUCCGUAUCCCCCCGCCAUUAGCCACUCGCAGUGGGGGCAGCCAACAAGUGAGCAAUAAAGAAAAGUUUAGAAAAAUAUCCCAGUCCCCACUGCCCAAUGCCCAGCCCCGAAUCCCGAAUCCCCGCCCGUUGAUAAGCUCACGGGCGAUUGAAUGGGUAUAGAGCACAAUAAGCGUGGAGGAGAACAAGAACUGGGCACGGAUUUGUGCGCACGAUAGCGCAAAACGAUGACAAUAAAUGGAAAAGUUUUUAAUAAGCUAAUAAAAUGAUUUAUGCGGGUCGAGCCGGGAUAAAAGGCACGGAGCUCCGCUCCAGCUGCAGAUGGCGAUUUGAUGGGCCUCCGAUUCUGGUCACUUCCGACACCUCAUUGACGGACCCUGGCCAGUUGGACCUGAGCACACACAACGAAUGGAUACUCGAAUAUUAUUUAUGGGUCCUUGAGUGGGUCGGCCGUUCGGGCAGUUCAAGUAGGGGCGAGACUCCUUAGAUCAUCGGACUGUUCAUUGGCAAUUGUUAUCGAGGCAUUAGCACAUCGGAAAUUCGUGUUGAAGGCAACCAGCUAAUAAACUAUAUCAUAGACAAGGGCUAAGCGACUAUAAGUGUUCAAACGUUUGUCAUAUCAGUUAAGCGAUUCUUUUCGAAUAUGUACGUCUUGACUUCUAAGCUUAAAUCAUCAAUAGAGUCUAGUGAAUCAAUGUAAUGUCAUAAUGUUUAAAUGUAAAAGUUAUAGCAUCCAGGCUAACUGGUAGAGCAAAUCGUAAACUUCCUCCAAGUUUAUACAUAGGCAAAAGUCCCCGCUGUAGAUAUCCAAAAUCGAGUGCGAGUAGUGGAAAUUUUUAACAAGCCCAAAACCUGUAGCAUCACGCCCUCAUGUCGCGAUCCGCAAUACUAUUUUAUGAGCCUCAAAGAGGCCACCGUUGUACAUACAUGCAUAGGCAACCCAAACCACAGACAUAUACACAUCAUUGUAACUAACUACAUAUGUAAAAAUGCUUAAAAUAUUUGUGAUAAUGUAAUAAUGUUAAUGAUAAGAAAUAAAAC